AUGGAGUUGCUUUCCCCUGAAUUUCAUGCAAAGAGUUUCCGUAAUAAAAUUCCCAAAAUUGUUGGGAUUAAUAUUAAAGACGUUGAAGUGAAAGGAUCCCCUAGACUAAUGGCCAGAAAUUGUCAUUUGCGCCUGGAUUUAAAAUUGACCAAAUUUGUCUUCAUAUAUUGUAAUCGCGUCUUAUCAAUGCAUGGAAACAUUCCUGAGGUGCAUUUUAAAUAUUUCUUUUAUUUGUUCCUGCUAGGCAUCCACAUGAUUUGUUUCGUUAGUUUCAAUGAAAAAAAACAGAGGGAUUCGUUGCUUUUGUCAAGACUAGCAAACUCGAGCACAGUUUUAUACAAGGAAACAAAUUAUUAUGUGGUCCUUUCAUUAGUAUUAUCGCUAGUAGUAGGAACUUUAACAACGCCAACCGAAUCAGUCAUGGAGGAGAGAAAUAGACUAUUUUUAGUGCAAAUUUCUUCCACCGUGGCUGGAAUUCCCAAUUGUCUCAUACUCAAUUUCUCGAAUGAAUGCCCUUCAGAAAUCAAGCAAUGUCGAAGAACAGAGACACUUUUGGUAGCAUUGUUACCAAAUCAUUCUCCUAUUACUAAGUGGCGUGGAUUCCUUGGUGAUAAUGCAUAUAAGGGAACCGGUUGGUACAAUGUAAGCAAUUUCUCGUUUAAAAUGACAUCCAAUGCAAUAAACUCAUUACUUCUGGGUGGUUUUUUGGACUCCAAAGUUUUCCCACUAAUUAUAUCAAACUUGCAAGCAGUAGAACCUGCUUUCGGUAAUGGGCUUCCUCACAAAGUUGAAAGUAAUAACAAUUGUUAUCUUAUCCCAUUACUGAUUCACAAAAUGCUCGGUAAGGCUCCCUUGUCGGCUAAUAGUCUAGCAAUAUUGGACAUUCGUCUAAACAGCGUAUCAAAUAAUAAGGCAUACUUUUGCAGUCUUUCUAAUCAUUUAUUUAUAACAAUUUUCUGUUCUUCAACUUAG